AUGCCCAGGUGUUUUAUAAACUCUGUGCGACGUCUCAAGAGGAGUUUCAUACAGGAAUUUGGUGAAUUUUCUGUCGAAAAUGAAAUGAAGUCGACACGCGUAACAAAAAUUAACGUAAAACGACAAAAGAAUCUUUUGAAAACCAACGAGACGAUAUACCACGACAAAGUUCCGAUUUCCACUCGAUUUUAUCUCCAAUUGCUUAAAAAGAGCCAAUUCUUACAACAUUUCCAAGAAACAGAGCCUUACGAAUACGCAUCAGAAAGCGAAAAAGCAGUCAAAUCUCCUGAAUUAACAAAAAGUAAGAAUUUAACGAAAAAGGAUACAGACAAAACGUAUAACUUAAGAUCUUCAGAAGCAAAAACGGAACGCAAAACGUACGACAAGACGCAUCGAAGGAAACGUAACGGUUGCGAUAACGAAACGCAAUCCAUUUCCGAACUGAUACAGGAAGUCAACAGGAAACGGAAGCCGCGGAAGGAACCUUUGGCGCCAAUUAUUGAAGAAAUUAAAAGCAGGGAGCCUUUGAAAAUUAACAAUAAAGUUUCCGCAUUGGCAGGCGGUUCUGAAAUCGACAAGAUAGCUGAGAAGUUGAAGAGCAUGGUGAAAGCGACGGCUGAUGAGAAGCUUGAUAAGGAACUCUUGACGUGCACGGAGUCCUUCGAAAAGGACAGCGUUGAUAGUGCCGAGAGGGAUGGAGAUGCGAAGGAGAAUGACCCGCAAGAGCCCCGCGAGUGGUCGGAGCCCCGGCGCUGCGCUCGCGCCACUCAUACGUGCUCGUACUGCGGGAAGGGCUUCGACAGGCCCUGGGUGCUGAAGGGACAUCUACGACUCCACACUGGAGAGAGACCCUUCCCGUGCCCACAUCAGCAUUGCGGCAGGACUUUUGCUGAUCGUUCAAAUCUCCGCGCUCACCAGCGGACGCGAGGUCACCACUCGUGGCAGUGGCGCUGUGGCAUGUGCGGGAAGGCGUUCAGUCAGAGGAGGUACCUUGAGAGGCACAGGGAUGACGCCUGUAGGAAAUAUAAAAUGCACACAAGAAACUCCUCAAAAUACAACAGCAACCUCAAAGUGGUCCCGAAAGCAGAGGUCCAGGUACCAAUGUACGGAAUUAUCAGACACAACCCUGACUCGAAGGUGGCUGCCGACCCUGACGGCUGCGAGGGUCCCAUAGACCUCUCGAUAGGCAAAAGGAGAACGGACGAAGAUUUAUGA